AUGAUUCAGAAUUACCAAGAUCUAAAGAAGCAAGAUCAGUUACAGUAUGAGCUUGGCCGUUUCUUGCCUGCUGCUAGUUCUUGUUUGGCUGGCUUGUUCCCCUUUGCUGGCUGCCUUGUUUGGCUAGCUGAUUAUUUUCCAAUACACAGGGCCAAAGAAGAUUCAAAUUAUCUAACCAAAGAUGUGUCACCCUCUACAUUGACAGCAGGAAUUAUUUGGCUUAGGUUAUCUGAGGCUCCAACAUUGAGUUACGAAAUCAGAAAACCAGGGUUUCUUUUUCCCCUGGGAUUCGGGUGGAAAAAAGAAUAUGUACGUUAUUCUUCAACUGCUGCAGCGGGUCAGCCUGAAUUUAAUAGUGGCGAUGAUAAGAAUGAAGAACCAAAGAUUAAAGGGAAGCUUCACCGGAGGAAUGUGACUAGGCACUUGAAGCCAACGCUUCAAAGGGAUUAUGAUGGCAAAGUGACUCCCGAGGAGGUAGCAUCUGCUGCUAUGUACUUGAAGGAUACCUUGGACAAGGAGGGUAUGCAAGAACUCAUCAGCAAUCUUUCCAAGGAUAGAGAAGGGAAAAUUCGCGUGGAAGAUAUUAUCAAAUUAGCCAAUCGUACAGAAGAUGCUGAAGCAGGGAGGAUUUCUGACUGUCAAUUCUUGUGA